UAGACAGGGCAAAUCGAUGGACUGUUUUGUUCCCUGACGUCAGGCGCUUCGUCUCCUCGUCGCCUGGCCGCCGUCUCUGGUCGCAUCAACCGCCGCCGUUGCCGCCUCUGUCAGCCGUCGCCUCCCUCAACCGCCGCAGUCGCCGCGUCCGUCAGCCGCCGCCGCCGGAUCCACUUCGCUUUCCGGGUGCCAUUGCCGCCCCGUCCACAUCCGCUACUAGCACAUCGGCACCCUUGCCGCCAAUUCCCAACAAAGAUGGAACCUGACACCAAAAAGCUGCAGAAUCUCCACAUCGCCUCCCAUGAGGACGAAACAAAGCCCGUUGCCAUUUUCGAAAGUGACUACAUGGAUGAUGAGGACGAAGAAGAUUCAGAGUCGCAAGUAACCUUAGGUUUCCUGCAGGAGCCAGAGGAACCACUGGACUGGCAUCUUCUUCUCCCACAACACUUCCCCGACAAAGCUGGCGGUGCCCCGGCCUGGCUGGAUCCUGUCAAUUUGCCAUCAGGCAAGUCAAGUACCUGCGGCUUCUGUGGCGACCCACUGCGUUUUGUCCUCCAGGUUUCAUCUAUUUCUAUGGUCAACCCUAUCUACUUAUUCAUGUUGGUGGCUUGGCAGCAAAUUUGGUUUGCUUGUAUGCAGCUCAAUGCACCAGUUAAGUCGAAGGAGACAGCCUAUCACCGCACCUUUUUUGUGUUCAUGUGUCCAUCCAUGUCUUGCUUGCUACGAGACCAGCAUGAGCAGGGGAAAGGCUGGGCAGGAAAUCCUAGGAGAAGUGUGAAGGUUUUCAGGUGCCAGCUGCCCAAGAAUAAUCCAUUUUACCCGGUUGAAGAGCCUAAGGGCUGCAUUGGAACUGAAUGUGAAGCAGGAUUGCAUGCUCGGCUUUGUGAUUGGUGUGGUACAUGGAAAGGCGAAAAACUUUGCAGCCGCUGUAGGAAAGCAAGUUACUGUUCCAAGAAGCACCAGGAAUUGCAUUGGUGUGCUAGUCACAAGAAUGAUUGCUGUCAAAUACCAGGUUCAUUUGAUGGCUCUAUUCUGCCAGGUGCACAAAAUGUAAUGGCUGGCGUUGGAUGGCCUGAAUUUAUGAUGGUUGAUGAUGAGGAAACCUAUUGUUUUGCUAGUUGUGGUGGAAAUAGCUCAAAACAGUUGGUGGUUCAAGGACAAAGCAAAACAGAUGACAUAACACUAUCAUUGAUGGAUCAAUUUGAGGCUGAUGAUGACAAUAGAUGCUGGGCAUCAUUCCUUGACCGCAUCUCACGAAAUCCACGUGAUCGACAACAGGUGUUGAGGUAUUGUGGCGAAGAAAAUGCAAAACCUCUUUGGGCGGUAUCAUCGGGGUCUCUGAGAAGUGCUGAUAUUCCAUCAUGCAUCUAUUGUAAUGGUCCACUUCGCUAUGAAUUCCAGGUCAUGCCACAACUGCUUCAUUACUUCCAUGUUGAAAAUGAACGAGACUCUCUUGAUUGGGCAACAAUUGUUGUGUACACAUGUCAAGAAUCAUGUGAUAAAAAUAUCAGCUACAAGGAAGAAUUUGUAUGCGUUCAGUUAUCUCCGGAUACAAAAGGGACGUACCGCACCACUUCAAGCCCAGCUGAUUACACCUAAGCAGGUGUAUCAUCAUUUAUAGAAGGAAGCUGCAGCUUAGCGAAUACAAGAUUGAGAGUUUACAACUUAACCGGUAUCUCUACAUGGUACACUAUCAACCGAAGAACAUUCAAAACCUAGAUUUCCUACUAGUUUCGCCUGCCUCCAAGCCAUGCCCUCUUUCCUGAUCUCAGAGAUGAUGGAGUCGACACUUGGAGCAACACCAUCGAAAACUAUCCUGUUGCGGUGCUUCCAGACUGACCAGAAACGAGCAUUGAAGUUGUGGUGAAAUCAUGACGAGCUUUGCCCGUUACCGGAAUGGAAGUCCACCCAUCGCCGAGGGCUGAGUGCCUGAGUCACUGUCCUGUAGCCAUUAAACCUUGUUCCAAGUGGAGAGAACUUUGAACCACAACCCUCGAGUAACCACACACCCAAACAGAAGAUGGUUAAUGGUUUCCGAGGCUGUAAUAUUGUUAUUCAGAGAACACCAAUUUAGAAUAUAUUCGGAAGCCCUCCACUCCCCCUGAAUCGGAGUAGAUUCCGCUCCUCA